UGGCGAACAGACAAGUGCGUCAGGCACAGUCGAGAGGACGCCAGUGCAGAGAGGAGGGCGUUGUUCGGUGACACCUUCCGCCGCCAGUCGACCAGUCGAUCACUCUGUGCAAAGUCGCAGCUCGCAAGCCGCCAGUGCUCCGCGCAUCUCCAACGCAGCAAUCGUAUUGAAAGCCCCGUGCAGCUGCGGCAAACUAGCCGUUCACAGUGACCCCGUGUUUGCAAACCGCAAGCGCCAGGGCAGCGAUGCGUGCAGCAGCUACUCCGUGCUUGCUUGCUGCGGCCUUGGUCGCCGCGUUCUGUUCGCCGGCUUGCGGCACGGCAGCCGGCUUACUGGGUCUGUUGGACUUGCCAACGCACGACGGCGUGAUUCGCGUGUGCCGACUGGAGACAAGCCAGACCCUGGUGCAGGCCGCGGCCGAGACCAGCGGUGCCGUGCUGGUGGUUCGCGUGUCCAGCGACGCCGGGGCGAGGAAACAGCCCUGCGGAGCCGAGGACGCCUUCGAGACUGCAGCCCAGCUGUUGGAAGGAGAGAAUUUUAAGUUCUGCGACGCUCCCGAAUCCAUAGUCAAAGAGACCGUCCCUAACGCGAUUGUGGGCAGCUGGUUUCUUUUCCGCCAGGGCAGAGCGGUUCCCUACAGCGGCACGAGAACGACAUCAUCUCUCCUUUCCUGGAUCCAAAAGGCAUCUCAACCCAGCAUAUCGGUGAUCACAGGCAAAGUGGACAAGGCAGCCUUUGAUCACGUACAGGACCUCAAGGUGGUCGGUUUCUUCGUUAAUGGCGCCGCAGACUACAAGUUGUUUGAGGAAGCCUCCAUUACCGAAGGCCACCACGCUCGGUUCUAUGCAGUCUUCGACAGAAAUGUGGCCAAGCAUCUGAAGUUGAGCACGGUCGGUCAGAUCGCCCUGUAUAGCCCGUUUGUCAAGCAGCCCGUUACCUGCCCCCAGAACCCGGCAAGCUUGCAAGACAUCCGAACUUUCAUAGCUCAGAACAAGCACGUCGCCCUGACCAAGGUUGACGAACACAACCUGCACGACCCUGAGCUGGUGGAUCCAAGCCGUGUGACUGUGCUGGCCGUAGCUGACGAAGCGUCACCGCUCGGUGCCUACUUCCUGCGGCUUCUGCAUCGCACCCUGCGCAAUAUCACCAACACCACCGCUUUGGCUGGCACCGUCCCCCACUUCAACCUUCUCUGGGUGGACCCCGCUGUUCUGCCCACGGCUCACAUGAUGCUGAGGCGACUCGGCCAAACCGGACCUGGACCGCACCUCGGAACGCAUGACCUCCUCACGGGCCAGGGCCAGUGGUUUGACGUGUCGACGCUCAACGCUACCGGGGGCCGAGGCUCGGACGAGGAGAACGUACAGAAGCUUCUCGUCUGGUUUGCCUCUUUAGCGGUGCCAGGAGCAGCAUUUGCCGCUGAUGGAACUGGGGAAUCGGGCACAUGGCGCUUCAGUGAGGUUCCAGCCUCCCAGAUCGGCGCCGAAGGUGGCACCGUCGAGCUGCGUUGCACCGUGUUGGACCCGGCGGCCGGCGACUGCCUGUGGCUGCGCGAUGGCCGCAACGUGGGGGCCAGCCUCUCCCGGCUACCGCACCUGUCGUGGGCCGGAGCUGGUCGCGACGGGGACUGCAGCCUCGUGGUGCGCGGCCUGACCCGGGGCCGCGACGAUGGCUCCUGGGUGUGCCAGGUCACUGGGGAUGCCCUGCACCCGACGCUUACGUCGCCACCCGCUGUGCUCGUCAUCUCUUCCGGUGCCACAGCUGCAAGAGCGGAACUGUAGUUCUGGCUUACGGAUAUUUCAAGUGGACUGUUUACUGUUGCAGAUGUCGCUCCACAACAUAUAAUUUAUUAAGCAUGUGCAUAUGGCUGCGAUUGUUUACACAAAAUAAACCUGUUAUAUAUAUUUGAUAAA